AUGAACAACGAACUCGAGGACCUCACUGGACGUCCGGUCGACACAGAGACCCAGGACAUAGUCGCCGAUACCAGAAAGCAAGCUUGGCGUGCACUUGCAGGAUGCGCAAUACUGCAGCUCCCCAUCUGGGGCAUCGCAAUGACCUUCGGCAUCUUCCAAGAGGCAUACACUCGUAGCCACGUGAUAUCCGGUGGCAGUGCCUCGGGCAUCAUCGGCACUACCAUGAACGGUGUCAUGUACCUGAGCAUGCCCUUGCUCUUCACCGCACUCGACCGCUCUUGGGCGCAGUAUCGGCGAAGCGUGGCGAUCGCUGGGAUUGUCAUAUCCAGCCUCGCCUUCCUGGUGUCAUCUUGGAGUACGCAGCUGUGGCAUCUAGUCCUUACGCAGGGCGUUCUGGCUGCGCUUGGCAGCACGUUGCUCUACAGCCCUACCACACUGUACCUGGAUGAGCACUUCACCGCAGGAAAGGCUACUGUAUAUGGUGCCAUCUUGUCCAGCAAAAACAUCGUUGGGUCGUGCUGUCCUCUCAUUCUCACGGCGCUGCUGGAAAAGUUGGGCUUCCGCUGGACGCUGCGCAUAUGGGCCGCCGUUGUGCUCUGUACCGGCACCAUCGGCAUCGCGAUCAUUCCAACCAAGACCUCGCCAUCCAGCCAACUGACACGAGGGGACAGGAAAGUACCCUGGACCUUCCUCCGGCAUAAAACGAUCUGGAUCUAUUCAUUCGCCAACGCAGUCUUCAGCUGCGGCUACGGAAUCCCACAGACAUACCUCCCCUCCUACGCACGCGAUGUCCUCAAAUUAUCGACCUUGUCAAGUUCAUUGAUGAUAACCCUCUUCAACGCACCAGGCAUCAUCUCAUGUGUAGGAUUUGGUCUACUAAGCGACAAAGCAAAAGUCUCCAGCACGACGAAUACCUUCAUCUCAGCAGCCGGAACCAGUCUCUCCGCCUUCCUGCUCUGGGGUCUAUCAUCUAAUCGUAUCGAAGGUGUCCUCAUCGCCUUCUCACUCUUAUGUGGCUUCUUCGCUGGGGGCUACUCGUCCACCUGGGGAGGCUGGAUCAAAGACCUUGAGCAGGAGGCAGUGGCAAGGAAUGAGGCGAUCGAUACUGGUAUGCUGUAUGGCUUGUUCAAUGGAGCCAGAGGUGUUGGGUAUGUGAUCAGUGGCGUGGCUGGCGUGGAGCUGCUUCAGGUGGGGUCGGUACAGGAGAACAUGAGGUGGGGCUACGGUACAAAAUAUGGCGCGCUGAUCCUGUUCACGGGAGUCAGUGCUGUAGUGGGUGGGUGGAGUGUGCUAUGGCGAUAUCAUUCAAGGCCUUCGGUGGGAUGA